AUGGAGGAUGAAAAUGAAGAUAUGGACUUCCGCGAUGAAUCCUCGAAGGGAUUUAUGAGUUCAGAGGCGGUUGCUCUACUUCUGAUAUUUGGAUAUUUCUUCAUAAUGAUUUCAAUUGGAAUUCUAGUUUGGUACAGAACUCGCAGAAGACUUAAAGAGAAUCUUAAACUUCGUCAAGUUCGGAAGCCUGAUUGCUUCGACCAGGAUAGCCAAGUUCUGAAAAUUCGAUACAUUGGAAUCAAAUCUCUUGAUUCUCUGGGAUAA